AUGGAGAACAAUGUUCUCUCUGCCAAACAUACUAUUUUCCUUUAUAAUUUAUUAUAUUAUUUACCUAAAUACAUGAAUUUAGAAAAUCGCUCAUAAAAUUAAUUUUAAGGAAGAAUAUAUGAAAAAUUCGCAGAAGAGACCAAAUAUUUAGUAGAUUAAUGGAGGUAAUAAUAUUAUCACACUCUAGAAAUGAGAUUGAUUUAUCCAAGAAUACCAAAAUUAAUGGAAUGUAUUUUUGA